AUGCCUCAGCUCCCAAAUUUUGAUUUGUCACCUCUACCAAAGUCUGAGUUUUCUAAGAUUCCUAAAUUACUUAAGUCAGAAAUUUCUAAAAUACCUGAAUUACCAAAGGCUGAGCUGCUUAAGGUUCCUGAAUUACCUAAGUUAAAAAUUUCUAAAAUACCUGAGUUAUCAAAGGCCGAGCUGCCUAAGGCUCCUGAAUUACCUAAGCUAGAAAUUCCUAAAGUACCCGAGUUACCAAAGCCCGAGCUGCUUAAAGUUUCUGAAUUACCUAAGUCAGAAAUUUCUAAAGUAUCUGAGUUAUCAAAGUCUGAGCUGUCUAAGGUUCCUGAAUUACCUAAGCCAGAGAUUCUGAAAAUUCUUGAAUUACCUAAGCUAAUAAUUCCUAAAAUGUCUGAAUUAUCAAAAUCCGAGUUGCCUAAAGUACCUGAACUAUCUAAGCAAGAAAUUCCUAAAUUACCUGAAAUUCCAAAAUCAGAGUUGCCUAAAGCACCUGAAUUGAAUGUUCCUAAACUGGCAAAAUCUGAACUACCUAAAAUUCUCAAACUACCAAAGCCCGAACUACCGAAGGUUGAUAUUCCAAAACUACCUGAACCUGAACUACCUAAGAUAUCUGAAUUGCCAAAGCCAAAACUACCUAAAUUUAGUGUACCUGAAUUGCCGAAAAUCGAGCUACCUAACGUUCCGGAAUUGCCUAAAAUUCCUGAAUUUCCUAAACCUGAACUACCCAAGGUCAAUAUCCCAGAACUAUCCAAACCUGAGCUACCUAAAUUCCCUGAAAUGCCUAAAGUUGUUCCAACCACUGCUCCAUAA